UCGCUACGACCUCUAUAUGAUAGGCUAUCUGAACUCUUAAGGGGAAAUAAAUCCCAAGAAGGAGUUGAUGACCAUCCAAAUAUGAUCGUUCUUGAUGGCAUUUCAAUGCUUGAAUGGUCUGGAACACCAAUAUUAGAGGUCAAACGCUUCAUCCGAGCUCUUCGUACGCUCUGCAGAAAAAAUAAUACUGCACUAGUUAUUCGACAUCACCGUGUCUCGUCGAGUCAUCUAGACGAUCUCCAGCGUUCACUCCUCUCGCAGUGCGCGCUGCAUCUGGAAGUGCUGCCACUUGCGAGCGGUAGGAGUAGCGUGAUUAGUGGAGAAAUCGCACUUCAUUCUGGUCCGCUUCUCGAUGACCCAAAUAGCUUCACUCCAAUCCACAGGAACGCAGCAAUACAGUAUCGACUGAGAGACGCUGGAGCAACAUAUUUCGGAAGAGGUACAAGUGCAGUUGUAUUAUGA